UAGCCACACGCUGCGGUAGUCUAAUACUAGCAAUGAAUCGGAAGACAGUGCCUGUGGUAAUUUUGCUUUUUUGUUGCGUGCUUGGGUAUCCCCAAAAUGGAGUACAAAUUUAUUAUCGAAAAACUACAGUCGACCCAAUUGCAGAUUUUUUCUCUAGAAGCUGUGAUUUGCGAUCUGCAACCUGUGUGGAGCGUGGUGAAUGUGGAAUUGAAAACUUUUCCAAAGCUGAGUGUACCAAUAAGGCGCAGGUCUGUUGCUUGAAACAAGGCGAUGAAAAUAGUGGCACGAUAGUUUUCCCUGAAGCCAGUUCUCGGAAUCCCGCAAUAAUGACCACUAGGAGGCAAACAACAACAAUUCCAACAAGAACUACUACAACAUCGACUACUACCACUACUACAACAUCGACUACUACCACUACUACAACGGAAGAACCCAUCGAUGAAUGGCUAACGCCAGACUGCGGUACUCAGCAGUCGAUAGGCACCGGCGUGACCGGUAUUAGAGAUUCGAAUAGAGGAGAAUUUCCUUGGAAUGUUGAGAUUUAUUCGAAAAAUAAGAACGAUUUUGGAAUAGUUCAGAACGUUUUUCUCUGCGGGGGAACAUUGAUUGAUAGUUUCAUUGUCCUCACAUCGGGAAAUUGUGUGACUUCAAAUAAUAUUUCCAAUUUGUAUGUAGAUGCUGGGGUUUGGAAUGUAGAGGAUGUCGAUGAAAAGCGUCAGAUGCGUAAGGUGGAAAAGGUUAUCAGACACCAUCAGUUUCAACAGACGAAGAGAGUAUCCAGCUUGGCUCUGCUGGUUUUGGAUGAUCAGGUAGACUUCUCUCGAACAGUUAAUCGGAUCUGUUUGCCAGAAGCUGAUACAGACUUCAGCGAAAGUACGUGUUUUCUUACUGGAUGGGGAGGAACUGGAGAAAAUCCCAGUGAAACCAUUCGACCCAAGAUGAAGGUUGUAGAUAUGGACCAACUAAAUCACAAGGACUGUCAACACCAAAUCCGCCGGACCAUGCAUUCAUUCGCCUUGCACGAAAGUUUCCAAUGCGCUCGUGAAGAGUCGGAGAACCAUAUUUGUCCCUUCGAUGUUGGUUCACCGUUGAUCUGUACGAUUCCGGGGCAAGAUCACCAAUUCUACCAAGCGGGUAUAUUUGUUUGGAAUCAGCACGUGAGCAGCAACGGUAACGCAGAUUGUACAAACAACAGUGGCGUGGUGAAUCUCUUCACAAAUAUACAAAAAUUUAGAAGAUGGAUCGAUACUGAAAUGGAGAAACUCGAAAGGAACAUACACAUCUACAGGCCACAAUUGAAUGAUGAAAGUGAUGAAACUGAAGUUUAAAUCCUGAUAAUAUAUGAUUUAAUUAUGCAUUCUUCUUACUACUGGAUUGGUAACCAAUGUAUGU